AUGACUUCUCGUGGGAGGGUGCGGACCAGCUCCAAUAGUCUUGAUCCAAAUGAGGAUCCAGUAUCUGGCCUUGAAAGAGUCAUGUCUAACUCGAAUUUGGAACAAAUGGCUAGACAGCGAAGAAGACAUGAAGAGGAGCUUCUUUUCUCUCGGCAAAUCGAGGAAUCAGAUCGAACAGAUAGUCACGAAGCCUUGUCGGCAAGAUACGAAAGUCUGAACUACGAAGUUUCGGAAAACAGAUUGUAUCGUGACGCUGAGAAAAAACCUUCCCAUCAGUUGACGCUAUGGAGAAUCUCUCGAAAUCGAUGGUUUGUAUGCUUCCUGAUCGGAGUAUUCACUGGUCUCGUCGCAGCUUUCAUCGAUAUCAUGGUUCAUUACAGCAAGGAUAUCAAAUUCAAUUGGAUUCUCAAGUAUUUAAUAUCAAAAUGUGGAGAAGAACAGAGGGGAACUACCGCAGGAUGCAUGUGGACUGUGAUGAUUGCGUGGAUCGGAUACAAUUGUGUUCUCGUCACCAUUGCUGCGAUUCUUGUUAUAUAUGUUGCUCCGAUUGCCGGAGGUUCUGGAAUCCCUCAGAUCAAGUGUUAUCUGAAUGGAAUUGCCAUUCCUGAGGUCGUUCGACUGAAAACACUUGUUUCGAAAGCUAUCGGUGUAGCUUGUUCUGUUGGAGGAGGCCUUUGUGCUGGAAAAGAAGGACCCAUGAUUCAUUCGGGUGCCGCCGUGGGAGCUGGAGUAUCUCAAGGAAAAAGUUAUUCACUUGGAAUCGACUUUGGCGUGUUCCGAGAAUUCCGAAACGAUAGAGAAAGACGAGAUUUUGUGUCAGCUGGAGCGGCUGCUGGAGUUGCUGCUGCCUUCGGAGCACCGAUCGGAGGAGUAUUGUUUUCUCUCGAAGAGGGAGCAAGUUUCUGGAAUCAAAACUUGACAUGGCGAAUGUUCUUCUCAGCAAUGAUCUCAUCUUUCACUGUGAAUUGGAUUUUAAGUUGGUUCAACGGACGAAGUGGAUGGCUCUCAUGGACAGGUCUCGCCAAUUUUGGAAUUUUCGAAAAUAAAGAUUACAAUAUCUGGGAAAUCCCGCUGUUCCUUCUGAUUGGUGUGAUUGGCGGAUGCCUCGGUGCUCUCUUCAAUUAUCUCAAUACCCGUCUGACCGAAUUCCGGAAGAAAUACGUUAGCAGCAAGUUCGGUCGACUUUUUGAAUGUCUCUUAGUCGCUGCAGUGUCCGGAUUCCUUGCAUUUCUCACCAUCUUUGCAAUCGACGACUGCCAACCGAUCGGAGCAAAUCCAACUGCCACAUCCACUCAGAUCAACCAAAUGUGGUGUAAAAAAGGAGAAUACUCAGCAGUAGCAAGUUUAUUUUUCCAAAACCCAGAAGAAAGUGUUAAGAGUCUCUUCCACAGUCCUAUCAAUUCAUUUGGAGUUAUGACAUUGGUAAUCUUUGGCAUCGAAUACUUUUUGUUGACUUUAUGGACAUUCGGAAUCUCUGUGCCUUCUGGAGUUUUCAUUCCAGCCAUUCUCACUGGUGCAGCUUGGGGAAGACUAUUUGGAAUACUGGUUGAAAGACUGUUCCCUUCAGUGACUGGAAUAGAUCCUGGAAAAUAUGCGUUGGCAGGAGCAGCUGCCCAAUUAGGAGGUGUAGUCAGAAUGACAAUUUCGCUCACUGCAAUCAUUAUGGAGGCCACCAAAGACAUCACUUUCGGCCUGCCCAUCAUGCUUGUUCUAAUGGUGACGAAAUGGGUUGGAGACAUGUUCAACGAAGGACUUUAUGAUUCUCAUAUUGACUUGGCAGAAGUACCGAUCCUAGGAUGGAAUCCACCCAAAAUGAGCAGAAACAUUUUAGCUGAUCGAGUGAUGCGAAAAGAUGUUGUUGCUCUCGAACGCCGAGAACGAGUCUCUCGAAUUGUUGAAAUUCUACGAUCAACUCUACAUCACGGAUUUCCAGUAGUUGACAGAAUUGAAGAAUCACCGUACGAGUCCCUGCCGGAUUACGGUAGACUGAAGGGAUAUAUUCUCCGAUCUCAACUUUUCAAACUUCUCGAAAAUAGGAUAUUCGAAGAAGAAGGAACAUCCAGCAAUGCUCUUCCAAAUGACUUUUAUGAGUGUCAAGAUGAUGAUGACCAAAUGAAGUCCCUCAACGAUCUUGGACUGACACAAUAUGACGAAUCGUGCUGGUUGGACAUUGAACCGUACAUGCAUCCUCACCCCCAUCGUGUUCCAUUGAACACUUCUCUUCCAUUCAUUUUCCGAUUGUUCAGAGGUCUUGGACUACGGUACCUUUUUGUAGUGAAUGAUGACAACCAUGUAAGUUCUUCAGUACUAGUUCAAUUCAUAUUUCAAAUCUUCCAGCUUCGUGGAGUUAUCACUCGAAAAGAUGUCGCCCGUUUCCGUGAGCGACGUCGUAAUCAUGAGUAUCAUGUCGAUGAGCUCUACAUUUCUGAAUCCUAA